CUCUGAGCUCGAAAUACGGACGACGUGGCAUUACUUUCAAUAACGUGUAAAUAUAGCGUUUAAGUGAAUAAGUGAUUGAUUUCUCAAGGAAUCUGAUCAAGACGGUUCCUUUCCAACAUGUCUGACUCUGAAGAGGAAUUUGCCAGUGCAGAUGAAGGUGAAGAAGAAAGCACCAACUCCCAGCCUAAGAAAUCCCAAACUGGUCAGUUAGGCAAGAAAGAAGAAAAGACUAAAGCAAAAGGUCCUGGUGUCCAAUCGGUUGAAAGGAAAGAAAGUGCCAACCAAUCAGGUUCAAGGACACAGCAAUUGACAAAAUCUACAGACCAGAAGCAGAAAGCAGAGUCGGCUGCAAAACAAACAGCAAAUUCAAAGUCAUCUGUUACUGAAAAAGAUGACAAGGGUAGUGUAGGACAAUCAAAGGCCAACCCUGGUCAACAGCAACCUACUGGAAAGGGCAAAAAAGUUCGAAAGGGAAAAGGUGCAAAGAAAGCAGCAGGAAAAACUGAUGAAACUGACAGGAAUCCUGAGCCAGUUGUGGUAGAGAAACCAGAAACAACCACAGAAAAGGAGACAGAAAAAUCUGACACAGAACUUAAAUCCACAACCAUGGAUGUGGAGUUGAAGGACAAUGAAAGUGGAAUGCCCCAAGAAACAACAUCUCAGCCCUCAAUUCCAGAACAGCCAACAGAUACAGCAAAAGCAGAGGUUGCUAAACCAAUGGCAGAACUUACUGCAGAACUUUCAUGCACUGAACCCUCUGCAUCAACGGCAGGAGGAGGUGUGCAGGAUAAACAGACAGAGAAACCACAUAGUAUGAGCCCUCAAGAUGGAGCUAAAAGUAUAUUUGACAAGUUGGCUGGGGCUACACAUAAAGAAGAAAAGAAUGGAGAAAAGGGAGCAGGCAGCUGGGGGAGUUGGGGAGGAUGGGGGACAUCUUUGCUGUCCACAGCUUCCAAGUCAGUCUCUACAUUCACCAGUCAAGUUGGUGAAGGUUUCAGCACUGUGUUAGAGACAGUAGAAGCUUCCCUUGGAGCCCCAUCACCAGAAGAGCUUGCAAAUAUAGAGAAAGCUGAAGAAGCAGUGAAGGAGGGAGAAGGGGAGGAAGGAAACAAACAAAGUGCAGAUGAAAGCAAACAGCCAGAAAAUAAAGACCAGAGAGCAGCAGAAAAAUCUACAGAUGAUAAAGGCACAGAAGAUACGGCAGAAAAGCCUGUCACUGAGAGUUCCCAAGAGGCACCACCAGAACAAGAUGGUUCACCUUCUGAGGCUGAAGGUGGAGCAGGGGGGCUUGGAGGGUGGUUUUCCUCAUUUGGGAAGGUUACCAAAAAGUUAGAAGAUACAGGCAAAAAUAUUAUGACUGGUGGCUUAGAUGUGCUGGAGAGCAUUGGGAAGAAAACUAUGGAUGUUAUUUCUGAGAAAGACCCAGGAUUUGCCCAUACAAAAGGAUUAUUCAAGGAUAAAGGAUCGAAACCUAAUUUAUCCCAGAUGCUGAGAGAAGCUAAAGAAGAAGCUGAAGAAAAGGCCAAGAUGGAAGAGGAGCAUAAAGAGGCACAGAAAGCACACUUUGGAACAUUGUUUGAUGAACACCAAGGUCUAGCGAGGCUGGAAGCUCUAGAAAUGUUGUCCAAUCAGAGUGAGGCAAAGGUGCAAGGGACACUGGGAAGUCUGACAGAGGAUCAACUGCAGAGCAUCAAGCUGGAACUAGUGAUGAUAAAGGAGGCAUUCCAGCUGGAGGAUCUUGAUGAGCCUGAAGAUGAUGAGAUGGACCAUAAUUUUGCUAAGCUGAUGACGGAGCACUUGCUUGUCGUACAUGCAGGCACUACACCUGAUAAACUUAAUAAGGGAGAACUCUUCAUGGUUCAGAGCAAAAUAAGAGAAUAUUUAAAGGACUCCAAGGAAGAGCAAGAAAGUGGAAGCAAGCAAAAUGCCAAGGAUUUGCAUCGCAGUGCUAUCCAGUCCCUAGCAGAGCUGACAUCUGCUGCAGUAGGUCAGUUCCACAAGGCAGGAGAACUUUUACUUCUGCAACAAGAUGAUGGAGCCAACUUUGCAGACAGGGCCAGCAGUUUGGCAAAUUUAACUCGAGUGCUGUGUACAGAAGUAGGAAUCAUCUCCAAUAAGUUUACCCAGUGUAUGAAUGCAGUUGCUGCUAACUCUGAAGAUCCAGACUCAAUCAACCCUUUGAUUACCAAUGUGUACUUGGAGGCUGGAAAUAGUGCCACCUACAUACAAGAUGCCUUCCAACUUCUGCUUCCAGUGAUGCAAAUGGCUGCCCUUCAAAGUCAUGCUAACAGAGAUUAAAACAUGUUUGAAAAUAGCAACUUGUACACAAGUGAAAAUUUGCAAACUUCAUAAAAACUCAUUCUCUAACAUAUUCCACCUCCUUAAUGUGAAGCCAUUUUAGUACUACUGGAGUCCACAGAUACCAAUUUUUGUGUACUAGAUUUCUUGCUGUGCGUUUUCAACAAGAUUCCGUUUGUGUAAUUACGAGGAAAAAGUAGAAUUAUUAAGUUAACUUGGGAUGGUUUGGGAUCACCUCUGAGUGUAAAUAUAGGGCCAAGUGUAUUGAAAUUAUGGUACUUAUUACAUAAUAAAUGUGAAAUGAUGUGAGACUUGUGAUAGAUGUACAACUAAUAUUCCAGUAGUACAAAUUAUGAAGCGAUAAAAGCAGCACUAGAUUUAUUUGAAAUGAAAAGAUAGUGUAUAGUGUUUUUUAUUCAUAUAUGAUGAAAUAGAUAUAUGGUGCUAGUAGAAUUGUAUAUUAACAAAAAUUUUUAAUGAAGUUGUAGUAUAUUUAUUGGCCAAUAAAGGUUUUAGUUCAGCAAUUUUGGAGAA